AUGGCUGCCGUCGAAAUUUUGGUCAAUUUUUCAGCUUUUUUGCGAGACAAAAUCACCGAUGCCGUCUCAAACCCACAAUGUCCAGUCGAUCUUAAGUUAUCUUUGGAAACAUUGGGAAAAUCUCAAACCAUUCCAUAUUCUUUGGUGACUCAAUUACACACGUUUCUCUCCAAAGAAGGUGAUGUCUAUUUACAUGAAUUACUUGAAGGAAGUGAGGUGGUGCUGCCAGAGGUGGAAAAGCCAGCAAGGAAUCCUCAAUUGGAAUCGCGUUGCCAGAAGCUGAGGGCUGAGCUAGCCAAUAAAGACUAUAGAAGGAUGGUGGGAGAUAUCGAUGCAGUGGAAAUAAUGGAUCGAACAACGACAAAAGAUUUUGGAAAAGAGAUGAAAGCAGUGAAUCGUCAACUUGUGUCGGUCUUCAAUUUCCUCAUUACUGUUGCUGGUGCUUUUGCUUUUGGUUACAAGGCAACAGAGUAUUCACUGGACGAGCCAAAUGUACCAGCACAACUCUGCUCCGGAUUGGUGCUCUCAACGCUUGUCUUCUUUGCUGAUCUUUACUUCCUGCUGAUGUACAACAUUGAAUGAAACCCGUGCCACCCAAUUGAUGUCAUAUAAACCAUCGUUUGAAUACUCAGUUCUCUGUUGAUUCCAAUGUAGACAAAGGAUGAGGUGUCCGGAAUGUUCAAGUUUCAGGGAUAUUGCUGAUAUCAUGAUAAAUAGGCUGAGCAAAGUAUUGGUACAAUUGUUGUUGGAAUUUUAACACUACGCUGGGAGGGGUGGAGCUAAAAUGUUGGCCAAAACCUGAGGUGCUUUGGGAUUAGGUUCAGUGGGGGAGCUUUACCCAUUGGCCUUGAUAGUAGAACAGAGACCCAACAAAUAUGGUGUUUAUUUCAAUUCCAUCACACCAAAAAAAAUCUAACAAUUUGUUGCACAAAACUUACUGAAAAGUUUCUUUGUUCGGUCAAAUCCAACACUCCUAUCAAGAUCGCUGCCACAAAAAUGAGGCACCGUAUAUAAUAUGUGAAUUGCAAAUUGCAAUCAAGGUGUGUACAUGUAUAGAAUGUACUGCAUAUCAGAAUGCAUUGUAUUGUAUAGCUAAAAAGAUUCCAGUGUUGAUUUGAUUUGAUAGAGGGAAGUAUAAAGGCCUUCCUUUGUAUUCUGUUGACAGUUUUAAGUGUGUGGAUAGAGAAAAUGGCAUUUUAUAACUAGCAGGUAAAAUUAUGUGGUAUACAAAAUUUGAGGACUGGGGCUCGUUUGGGGUUCAGUAAGAAUGGACAUUGAUCCAGCCCCUGCAACGCGUCCACUUAGAUUUUUGUAUGCAGCUUCAUUGAAAUGAACCUCUCUAUUAAGGACACUCUCGGGACUGACAAAUGCUGUUCUUAAUAGAGCGGUGUCCUGAUUAAAGAGGUCAAAUUGAAUGGAAAGUACCAAUUUGGGACCAAAACUAGUGUCCUUCAUAGAGAGGUUGUCCCUAAAAGAGAGAUGUUUGUAAGGGAGGUUACAGUGUAAUUAAAAAAGAUAACUACUUUAGUCAGCUGAUUAUUUGUAUAAAGACAUUUUUAUCAUAUUGAUGAAAAUCUAUUAUAGACAGGGCAUCUAUAAUAGAUUAAUAGAUAUAAUAAAAGUAACAAACUUCUCUUGCCGCUACCUGCUAUAAUGCAUGCAACAAAACUCAUGUUUGCAAUGGUUAUUGCAGGUACCUGUGACAAUCUGCGAUCGCUGCAACCUGCGAUAAUUAGCAAACCAAUCGAUUAUUGGUUUUACCCACAGACGAGCAAUCUUUUUUAUUGCUCAACUCGGUGAUAAUUGUCGCAGGUCGCUGCAUA